AUGUCUUUAAAUUCCACGAAGCCUGAUGAACCUUUGGAAUGGAAUGCGAAAGAGACUGUUUCAAUAAUUAUUUUCUGCAUCGUUUUCCUUUUACUGAGUUACUACAGCGUAUUGAAGCGUAUUUGUUGUGCAAAUUCUUCUGGAAACCAAGUUCAGAGGCGACUUCUAGAGGAAUCCAAUCAAGAUGAUCCUUCUCUACAGUUUGAAAGGCACGGUUUAGAGUUAUCCGUAAUCCAGUCUCUGCGCAUGUCCUUGUUUAAGAAAAGCGAGGGGGAAGAGAAGCCGAACCGCGCAGACUGUGCCAUAUGCUUAGGUGAGUUUGAAGAAGGGGAAUGGCUGAAACAUCUUCCAAACUGCACCCAUGCCUUCCAUGUUUCCUGCAUUGACUUUUGGCUCCAGUCCCGCUCAAAUUGUCCUCUUUGCCGAACUCACGUCCAUCUCCACCUCAAUUCUAAUCUACAAUCUUCCGGAUCUUCCAACUCCCCUGCCCCUGAGGCUCUAAAUGGUCUGACCAUAAGAUAG